UCCUCGACUGCUUGUGGAUGAUGGAGGUCGGUCUACUCCCCUCUUGAGAAAACUACCGAAGCAGCUCUAUCGUCUAUCAUCCUUGACAUCUCUGUGCGCCCGGGCGCGCGUGAAAUCUCCGCCUUUGUUCUAUUUAUUUGGUUAAAAGCUACAGAAAACCCAUGUAAAAAGAAGAUGCUCGUCUUCCCCAUUGCAGUUUCUUUAUCUAGAUAACUCUUUUUCGUUUGGGGUUGCUCGAAAGUGUAGUGGGCAAGCCAUGCAAGCCUUUCCACACUCUAUCUUGCCUCUUCCAAGCAACGAGAAAGGAAAAUUCUUCCCCUUCACUCAACAGCUGAAUCCCCACAUCUUUCCCCUCAAAAAGGCUUUUUCUAGGGUUUUAGUCUUUGCCAACCUAACUUUUGCUCAAAAGGAGACAGCUUUCACUUUACCCAGCUGGAAAAAUGGGAAGAAUGAUCUUAAAACCAAAGAGCAUAGGCUCCAUGAUGCGUUCCUUUACUUGGAACACAUGGUAGGAAGAGGCCACAAGCCGGAUGCAAAUCAAGCUACUAAUUUGUUGUAUGAUUUCUGCAAAAUUAACAAGAUUCGGAAGGCGGUUAGGGUUAUGGAACUCAUGGUUAGUGCAGGAAAGACUCCUGAUUCUCCCACAUUCACAUUUUUGGUCAAUCAGUUGUGCAAGAGGGGGAAUGUUGGAUAUGCGAUGCAAUUGGUUGAUAAAAUGGAAGGCUAUGGAUGUCCUCCAACAACCAUUACUUACAAUUCGCUUGUAAGAGGGCUUUGUAUGCAUGGCAACUUGCAGCAGAGCUUGCAGCUCAUGGAGAGAUUGAUUCAGAGAGGGCUGACACCGAAUGUCUACACUUACUCAUUCUUACUUGAAGCUGCGUACAAGGAAAGAGGGGUGGAUGAGGCUGUGAGGCUUUUGGAUGAGAUCAUUGGGAAGGGUGGAAAGCCAAAUUUGGUUAGUUACAAUGUACUGCUUACUGGGUUUUGCAAGGAAGGUAGAUUUGAUGAAGCAUUGGAAUAUUUUAGAAGUUUGCCAUCCAAAGGCUUCGAACCAAAUGUUGUAAGUUAUAACAUUUUGCUGAGGAGUUUGUGCUAUGAGGGCCACUGGAAAGAGGCAGAGAAGCUUCUGGCUGAGAUGGGUGAUAAUAAUUGUUUUCCUACUGUCAUCACCUACAAUAUAUUGAUUGGUGCAUUGGCAUAUGAUGGUCUGACCGAACAAGCUCUUGAAAUUUUGAAUGAGAUGAUAGGGAAUGGAUUUAAGCCUGUGGCUUCUAGCUUUAAUCCAAUAAUUUCAAGGUUUUGUAAAGAUGGUAAGUUGGAUAUGGUGCUUAAGUGCCUUGAUAUGAUGUUGCAAAGGUAUUGUUCUCCUAAUGAAGGAACUUAUAAUGCAAUUGCGGUAUUGUGUGAGGAAGGAAUGGUAGAAGAGGCAUUCUCCAUAGUUAAGAGCUUGGGGAACAAGGAGAAAAUUUCCAUGCAUGAUUUCUACCGGAAUAUAAUAACAUUCUUGUGUAAGAAGGGGAACACGUAUGGUGCAUUUCAACUUCUGAAUGAGAUGACGAAGAGUGGUUUUACUCCUGAUUCUUACACCAUUUCAUCCUUGAUUAGAGGCCUUUGUAUGGAAGGAAUGUUAGAUGAGGCGCUUGAGAUUUUUGAUGUCAUGGUGGAAAAUGAUUUCAAACCCGAUGUUGAGAAUUAUAAUGCUCUCAUACUUGGACUCUGCAAGGCUGAGAGAACAGAUCUUUCAAUUGAUGUUUUGAUAUCAAUGAUUGAGAAGGGUUAUAUACCUAAUGAGAUGACUUACAUAAUCUUAGUUGAAGGAAUUGCUCAUGAAGAGGAAUCAGAUUUGGCUGGAGAUGUCUUGAAGGUUCUGUUUGCAAAGAAUGUCGUAUGUCAGGAUACUGUGGAGAGGAUAUCUAUGCAAUAUGCUUUGGAGUAGAUUUUUGCUGUGAUUCUAAAUAAGAGGUGAAUAAGUAGCUGAUGAUGGGGUAUGGCUUUUGUUCUGGAAACAUCUCAGAAAUGAAAAUCGAGUUCAAGGGUAGCUUGAAUUUUUUGUCAAGUACUUGUUACCAUGUUCAUGGCGAUGAAUGGGAGGACCUUUUGUUUGUUCUACUGAAGGGAGAAAAAAAUGAUUUACAAGGAUUGAUUGCUGACGGCUCGACGAAUCUAGUAAGUUUGCUACAGCUCAACCAAAAACAUAUAAUGUGCAUAUUAAAAUCAUAUUUGUGUCCGAAAUUAUUAACUCUAUCAUCCUAUUCUGACAAAAGAAGUCGAUCCAGCUACUACAAAGGCAGCAAAUGCAUAUCCACCUACAGCAUUUAUAGUUUAUAUUAAUUAUAGUUUAUACAAGUUAGGUGAUGGCAUGUGAUAUGACCUGUUUGUAUUUUAUCAUACAUGCAAUAUGAAAGAUAAAAUCUCAAAAUUACUGUAAAAUACGAAAUGACCUUUCCUUCAGAAAGCGUUUUGCUGAUCAGCUCUUGCUUUGGUGCUAGUCGGUCAGAUUUGAUAUCCUCUGACUGGAUUAAGUAGACUAAGGAGUUCUGUCUGACAUUCUGCUUUUCUGAUAAAAAUUUCAAUGUUCAAAUAA